AUGCGGAGGGUGGUCGUGACCGGUCUGGGAGCGGUGACGCCGCUUGGUGUUGGCAUCCGCCGUACCUGGUCCCGUCUCCUUGACGGUCACUGCGGUAUCGUCAAUGUAGCAGACCGUCAUCCGCGGUUCGCCGAAAUCCCAGCCCAGAUUGCUGCGAUUGUCCCGUCAGGGACUCGCAAGGAAGGCGGAUGGACGGCCUCGGAAUGGCUGAGUCGUGAUGUAUAUACCACUUUUUUUUCAUAUGGGAGAAAAGUAGAUCAAGUGCUGAUGGGUUCAAAGGAAGAGCGAAAAAUGGCCCGAUUCGCGCAGUUUGCUAUGGCGGCCACUGAAGAAGCUCUCGAGGAUGCUGCGUGGCGACCUACUUCUGAUGAGCAACGUGAAGCUACAGGCGUCUGCUUGGGAUCUGGUAUUGGCAAUUUCGACCAGAUCUAUAACACUGUUGUGGAUUUUGAGAACAAGGGAUAUAAAAAAGUGUCUCCUUUGUUUGUUCCGAAAUUACUAAUCAACAUGGGAGCUGGACAUAUUUCGAUGAGAUACGGCUUUAUGGGACCAAACCAUGCCGCAACGACGGCAUGUACUACCGGAGCACACUCCAUCGGAGACGCUGCUCGCUUUAUCGCCUUUGGUGAUGCAGAUGUCAUGGUCACAGGUGGCGCAGAGUCUUGCAUUCAUCCUCUGGCUCUGGGCGGCUUUGCGCGAGCGAGAAGCCUGGCGACUGAUUUCAAUGAUAAUCCUACCAAAGCAUCCCGGCCUUUCGAUGCGGAUAGGCAAGGAUUCGUUGUUGGUGAAGGAGCGGCUGUGAUGGUUCUUGAAGAACUUGAACACGCCAAAGCAAGAGGUGCCCAUAUCUACGCCGAAUUCAAAGGAUACGGCACAUCUGGAGACGCAUUCCACAUCACCGCACCCAAAGAGAAUGGGGCCGGUGCCCUAGCAGCAAUGAGAAAGGCGCUCAAGCAUGCCAACAUCCCCCCUUGUGCUAUUGACUACAUUAAUGCCCACGCCACUUCGACUGCUGUUGGGGAUGCAGCUGAAAACACUGCCAUCAAGGCUUUACUUCUCGAUAGUACAGGCGGACAGGGCAAACAGAGAUCUUCCGAUAUCAACGUCAGCGGCACCAAAGGUGCUAUUGGUCAUUUAUUGGGAGGUGCUGGGGCUAUUGAAGCUAUUUUCUCCGUUCUAGCCAUUCAUGAGAAUAUCAUGCCACCUACCAUCAAUCUAGAGACUCAAACAGCCGAAUUUGACUGCAACUAUGCCGCAAACGAGGCGCAGGAACGGAAGAUCGAUACAGCCUUGACAAACAGCCGAUGGAUCAAGCAACUCCGCUUUCCCCGGGAUAUCAAGCAAGCCACCGACCGACAACCACUUUCUCUGUUCUCCAACUUCACACUAGCCCAGUAUCUUGCAACAGUCUCUGGAGACUCAUGCACUGGUGCUAGACUCUCUUUCGUGUCGGUCCUCAUUCCUGUAUACAUUAUCGCCUUGUCGAGGGACCAUGGCGACGGGUCAAGGUUCGUGACGUUGCCCGACUCUAGGAAGUUUAAUCAUGCUGAUAAUCAUCCUCUCGGUCUAGCAUCUUCGAGCUCGAGUAUCAAUUUCGUGGACGCGUCGGGAUUCAAGUUCUCCGAGAAAGACUCCAAACCUGGCAAGAUCAAGUUGAAGAAGCAGGCUUCUGGAAAAGGUGCCAAGACCGGGAAUAAGUUGGAGCCGCAAGGAGACGAUGCCGAUGCUCCAGGAUCACCCGAUGGCUCUCCCGUGCUCCCGCAGAUGGACGCCAAAACGAUCGCGGCUUUUCCAUCCGGCAGACCACGAGAAGAGGAACUCGAGACUGUGAUAUGCAAACAUUGCAAGAGACCACAGCUCAAAUCAACCGCUGUCGAACACAUCCGGGAAUGCCUAAAGGCCAAACAGGAGAAGGCACGCAAGAAGAAAGAGGCUCGUGAUGCGAAGAAUCAAGCCAAGUUCGCCGAUACCAAAGAUGGCGACGACAAGGAUGACGACAAGGAUGAAGAUGGAAUCGGUGGACAGAAGACCGCGAAAAAGGGCGCGGUGAAGGGCAUGGCAGAUGAUGGACCGAAGAAAGGAAAGAAGCGCAAAGCAACGGAGGGCGAGGACGAAAAGGACAAGGAGCCAAAGAAAAAGAAAAAGAAGGAGGAGCCUAAACCGAAAGUGCCUAAACCAAAGGGUCCUGUGGACGUUGAGAAGCAGUGCGGUGUACCGUUGCCGAACGGGUCGCAGUGUGCGAGAUCGCUCACUUGCAAGAGCCAUUCUAUGGGUGCGAAGCGUGCGGUUCCUGGGCGGUCACUUCCGUAUGACAUGCUUUUGCAAGCUUAUCAGAAGAAGAAUCAGGCUCGUCAACAAAAAGCUGCAAUCGACGCCAAUGCCCCUCUGCAAGAUGACUUUGAAACUAACGGUCCUGUUGACUCGGAUGAAGAGCGCGAUGCUGUCAUGGCUGCCAUCUCGCGGUCGCAUCCACAACCACUAGCCGUUCAUACGCUCAUGCCAACUCGGAAAAAGUACCAUUACGUGCGCAUGAAGGAGAUGCUCUCCAACGUACUCGGCGGUGCUCGUGGAGGUGGUUUAUUCUCUACUGGGCCCACGACAAACGGAGAACCAAACGGAAUUUUUCAGACGGAGAGUCCGACUAUGGCUUCUACAUCUUCAUCUACACUACAAGACUCAUCUGCUGGCACAGACGCAGCGUUGAAGAAACAAGCCAAUCCUCAAACUACACCUAUCAACCGUCCUCCGAGUGUGGCCACUACACCCAAGACAGCCGUAGUAGCUACAUCGUAG